GGAAUAAGAAAGUUUUUGGUCGUGUGGUGUUUUGUUGUCUGAUCGCCCGUCAAAAUUGUGAGGCCCUGAGGGCAAAAAAGUUGGAUUCUGAUGGAACUAAAAUUAACAAUUAUGAUGGCAGCGGAGAGUGAUUCCAUCCUCUAAGGUUGACAAAUAAAAAAACUGAGAUAUUUCACAAUCAUGGAUAAAGAAGCAAAGAUGCUGAUCCUACUGAUCUUCUUAUGGACGUUAUUGGAAGGUGUGUGGCCAUGCCCUAGGGAGUGCAGAUGUUCCCUAGACGAGCGAGGACGCCGCAGCGUGAGGUGUGAGGAUGGGGGAAUGAGUGACCCUCUCCCGGUCAUGAACAUGGACGAAGACACUGAGGUCUUAGUGAUAUCUGCCCCCCAUUACAAUCCCAACACCCUCACACUAGGGCCAAUCUUCAAAGGUCUCAGACAACUUGAGGAAAUCCACAUCACCCGCUCCAAAAUUCCUGCUCUGGGGGCCCACUCGUUUUGGGGUCUCCAUAAGCUUCAUGUUCUUAACCUCACGAGAAAUCAUAUCUCUGCUCUGAUGGACACGAACUUCAGAGGAGCCGAUGCGUUGCGUCAUCUGGACCUGAGUCUGAAUCGCAUCCAGUCAGCACCGUCUGCAGUCUUCCGGUAUGUGCGGCAUAUAAGAACUCUAUCCCUAGCCAACAAUAUGGUCCCAGAAUUGAUGCCGAGAGUCUUCUUUGGCUUGGCAAGACUAGAAAGACUUGACCUUAGCUUUAACCCCCUUGGGGAUUUACAGCCUGAGAGGUUCACCGACGUCCCUGACUUGAAGCAGCUCUACUGCUCAGGCUGUGGUCUAAUGUCAAUCAGCAGCACCCUACUUCAGACAUUGCCAGAGUUGCGUGAGCUUGAUCUCAGCAAGAAUCGUUUGACGCAGGUACCCCCUGGUAUAGCUUCAAACUUCUUACCACAUCUGGUUCACUUGAGAUUAGAUGGAAAUCAUAUAUCUUUUAUUGAAAGAGGAGCUAUAUCUGGAUCACCCAUAACACAUCUCCACCUUUCUCACAACAGAAUCAGCCGUCUAGAAGUUGGAUCUUUCUACAACAGCUCACUGAAGCACCUGGACUUGGCAUACAACAGAAUAGCCCAUUUAGAGAACAAUGCUCUUGAUGAUGUUCUCGAUGAUUUGCAUGAGAUAAAUCUAUCAGGUAACUCCUUGCACGUUGACCAGUUAUUGUCAAUCUUGCCGAAAGCUCGUCAAAUUCGUCGCUUAGGUCUCGGUGACAUGGGACUGACAAGGUUCCCUCCUGACCUAGUGCGGCAUUCUCGUCAUCUUCACCAUUUGAAUAUAUCAGCAAACUAUCUAACUUCACUGUCUACAGAUGUUUUAUAUAAUGCUCCUCAUCUUUAUUCACUUGAUCUUUCCUUGAAUUCAUUUCGGGGGUUAGAUGAAAUGCUAGUGGCAUCCAUUAAUGCAGCUAGUGAACUGAGAACUCUCCGCUUGGAAGGAAACCCAUGGCAGUGUGACACUUGCCAUAUUCUGCCACUGCUGCGAUGGCUUCAAGAUGCCCCAGACCAAGAAUCUGGCUGCAGUGAACCAAGGGUCUGGACAUGCCUGAAGUGUGUGGGGCCCAAAGGGGUAGCUGGUCUUGAACUAGCUAUGCUUCCUCAUGGGGACCUGCCUGAAUGUCCAUAUACUACUCCUCCAGCAGCUGCUAUUUGGACAACUUGGGUUGAGCCGUCCCUGAAUGCCAUCACAGAGGAACCACAGUUACCGAGAGGGCAACUGACUCGUUCUGAAGAUGCAGACAUAGGCUGGACACUUGAGAGAAUGGUGAAAGAAGAAUUGCAUUUAGUUAUUGUUGCUGGAUGUGCCCUUGUCCUCUUGUUGUUAGCCAUUAUUAUCGUCGGUAUCGUCUUGUAUAACAGGCAUUCAGCCUUCUAUUACACGUAUGAGGAUGACCCCGAGAAAAAAGAAAAGCUCAUGAAAUUCAAAGACAGCAAAAACAAUAAUAGUCCUGCGUCAAAAAAGACACCUCUGAAGAAGCCCGAUGCGACAAUUGCAACGAUCGACGAGUUAACAGACAUUGCUGGCUCUCAGGAAGUAAUCGAGGAUGACCAGAAACUAAAUAGCAUUCCUAAUCAUAACAGUGUUCUGAACAACACAAACUCAGUCAACCACUCCCCAUCUCCAAAUCACAUUAGCGCCCUCAACAACCCACCAGAUGUCAGUCGUGUCUCCCCAACCAACAAUGGGUUCCACCCUCUCAACCACAUGCCAACGAGCAACCCCAUCCAAGUCCAGUGCGUCCCACAAGAGAACCAGCAGACUGACAGUGCACCUCUUUAGCAUAGGACUGGCGUCCAUAGUGAGCUAAUCAAAGAAAUGACACUGUGAAUGAGAAAAGUGCUUUAAUAUGUGCAUUAACAUAUUAAUGAUACAGGUGAUGAUUAUUGCAUUUAUCACUGAUCCGCGAUAUCUUAUGCUUCCUGAACUGGUAGGGCUGUGAAGACUCUGUGAGAGUGCGUCAGACAUUUCGGCCAGAGAUGGGGUCUGUCGCCGUCUCUGGUUCUCGCCGUUCGCGUCUAGAACUCAUCCAUGAGUAAGAGAGUAAAGUGCUCUUAGUGGAAGGGACUCGUGUGAAAGUGACUGAAAAAGUGAAGCUCUAAACACUGCGUUUAGUGGAAAUAGAAAUAUGUAAUAUAUAAAACUGCGCCAUGAACGCGUAAUGAACGAAAGCAAGAAAAAAUCAAUAAAAAAAAACCUUUGUAUUACUGUAUUUCUGAGAGCACUAUUUGAUUGUUGAAGGACCUUUUUGUAAUAUUCAUUCGUUCUUGGGACCAUAGCGUGUUUGUAAGUUGGAGCAUAUCAUCAUCUUACCCCAGAGAUUGUCUUCCAAACCCCUCCCUGAGUUUAUGACUUGAUUAAGUCUGGCAAAGCUGGAUCAGAAAGCUUAGCUCUGACGGCUUUAAACAGUGCGAAAAGCUUAAGUUAAACUUUUUUCAGUAUAAUCUAGAGGAGAUUAUAUUGUAUGGUAUGGUGGUUAUGGUGUUCCUAUUGGAUGUGUCAACAUUCUUUUACGAAUAAAAAAUAUGUCUUUUGUUUUCAUUUCCUCUUCUCUAAAACAGAUAUGAAUAUGUAUUUACAAGU